AGAGAGAGAAGCCCACAGGCUGCCCGUGUCAUACCCGCUCGUAGCGCGACGCAGCGCAGCGCCUGGAUCCGUCCGCGAACGCGCGGCAGGUGAGCGCACUUUCACUCCUAGUCUCGCACUUCCGCUCUCCUCGCGGACCGCCGCCACCGCAUACUGGAGCGCUACAGAUGUGCCGAGACGACUGAACAGACUGAAGCGCACAGUUUUGAUUCGCAACCAGGCUGAGCGCGGUUCUCCGGGGCGACUCGCUGCCCCGGCCGCUCUCUCUCUCGACUCUCCCCACUCCACUCCGCUCCAGUCGAGUCGAGUCCAGCAGCUGUGCUACUUCCUCCUCCUCCUCCUCUUCUUCCUCCUCCUCCUGCCGGGCGGCCGCUCUCCCUGUCUUCCUCGCACCCGCGGCGGCGCUGCUGCGAUCAUCUUCGACUUGCCUGGGGGCGUCGCGCCCGUUCCCGGACAGCCAGCCGGCCGGCCGGCGGCGCGCACGCGGAAAGAAGAAGAAGAGGAAGAAGAAGAAGAAAGAUGAUGGGCUUUCUGCGGCGGACGUUCAGCAGACGGUCGGCGCGGCGCUUGCAGACGCCGCCGGACGCGACGGACGGCAGAGGGCGAGGCGGGGCCGCGGGGGGCGCGCUGCAGGCGCACCAGCAGCAGGUGGCCCACGCGCUCGCCGUGGUCACCGGGGGGGCGGUGGUCCACAUCCCCGCCGCGGGCAGCAGCAGGUCCGUCAUCACGUGCAGAGUGCUGCUGCUGGACGGAUCGGACGUCACGGUGGACCUGCCGAAAAGAGCCAAAGGCCAAGACCUUUUUGACCAGAUCAUGUAUCACUUGGACCUCGUGGAGGCCGACUAUUUUGGUCUGCAGUUUAUGGACGAGUUACAGAUCGGCCACUGGCUUGACACCACAAAACCUAUUAAGAAACAAAUAAAAACCAGCCCCCCCUAUACUCUCUACUUCAGAGUGAAGUUUUACUCAUCAGAGCCCAACAACCUGCAUGAGGAAUUUACCAGGUACUUGUUUGUGUUGCAGCUGAGGCAGGACAUUCUUUCUGGAAAGUUAAAAUGUCCCUAUGAAGUUGCUGUUGAACUGGCUGCUUAUUGCCUUCAGAGUGAGCUGGGGGACCGCGACCCCCUGGAGCACUCUCCGGAGCUGGUGUCGGAAUUCCGCUUUAUCCCGAUGCAGACGGAAGCCAUGGAGGCUGCCAUCUUUCAGAAGUGGGCUGAAUGCAGGGGGAAAAGUCCAUCACAGGCAGAAAUGAGCUUUCUUAACAAGUGCAAGUGGCUGGAAAUGUACGGAGUGGAUAUGCACUUUGUGAAGGGCCGGGAUGGGUGUGAUUAUGCACUGGGCCUCACUCCCACGGGUAUAUUGGUGUUUGAAGGCUCUGAAAAAAUAGGCCUCUUUUUCUGGCCAAAAAUCACAAGACUGGAUUUCAAGAAAAACAGGCUGACUUUGGUUGUCGUGGAGGACGACGAGCAGGGUCGGGAGCAGGAGCACACGUUUGUGUUCAGGCUGGAGAACGCCAAGACCUGCAAACACGUGUGGAAGUGUGCCGUGGAGAGCCACGCCUUCUUCCGCCUGAGACAGCCGACGCACAGCAAGGCCAACCGCAACGACUUUGUCCGCCUGGGCUCCCGCUUCCGCUUCAGUGGGAGGACAGAGUACCAGGCCACCCACGGUGCAAGGGUGAGGAGGGCGAGCACGUUUGAGAGACGCCCCAGCAAACGGUACCCCUCGCGACGACAGUCCAUGGUGAAAGCCAUCAACCCAGCAAAACCAACACAUCUGAGCGCUCAGACUACUCCGGAUCCCAGCCUAUAUCCAUUCCAGCACAACAUCCCUAUGUCCCAAGAACCAUGGCACCAGAAACAUCCUGGCCUGACGCACCCCAUAUAUGCCCAGCACCCAGGCCACACGCCCCCGCCUAGCUAUGCUUUAGGUGGGGUUUCGCCUAACAAAACAGAGAUAAAGCAGUACAGCAUGGAGGAGAACGAGGGUUCGCCCUAUUCUGGGAAGGGCAUGAGACGCUGCCUCCAUCACCCACCUGGGUUCGACAGCCCCGAGAGCCUAUGCACAAUACCAGGAGCACACAAGCUGAGGCCCAUGACGCACUGCAAGAGCGAGGGCCUGGAUGAGGAGCAGCUCAAGCGGACUGAGCUGGAGUCAGGCCUGCCGCCAGGGCCCUGGCCCUCCCUGCACAUCAACAUGGAUAAUAAGACAGAGGAGAAGCAGCUGUCUGAGAAGAGUCUUCACUCACCUGUGAUCCCUCCCAGCCUCCCUGACCACCUCAAGUGUAACAUACUUAAAGCCCAGAUGGACACAGCGUUUAGGGUGAUGGCUGAAGGGGACUGUAGAAGAAGCUCCACUAGCCAGGAAUACAACAGCAGGUUUCCAUCUUCAUCCCAGGAUUCGGCCUCUUCUAGCUUGGCCACAGAAAAGCCACCGGUCAGAUCAGAUCGCAGGAAGAGACUCGUGCGACAGUACAGUUUUAACCAUAGUGAUGAAGAUGACCUCCCUGCAGCGCUUGCUGCCAUUUCCUCCCAAAGCAGUACAGGUAAAACAGCAUCCGAAAGCUCACUGGACAACCAGAUCCAGCCACCCAUAUACCCAAAGGCAGAGCUUGCAUUGAUGGAACUUGGAGUGCAGUGCUGUCACCACCCCUUAUCUCCAUCCAAGCCUCUGCCUUUCAUUAAAGGACCUGUCCCACAUUUAGUACCCUGUGACACGACCCACCCAGACAGUCCCGACACACUGAAGAUGGAGAUGGACCGAGAGAAGCUAUUGAGAAGGCUCUUGAUGACCGAACUGUGAAAUACAGAACGUGCAUGACCAAGGAGCCAUCUUUCGUGUGCCUUUCAUAUUCUGCCUGUGUUUCCCA